GGGAUCGCCAGGCCACGCUUGGUCCAGCACCGCAUCCCACUUGUGUUGUGACUACUGACCGCCGGAGCGGAUUGUUCGUCGGACGCGCUCUUUUGCCUUUUCAUCCUUCGUUCGGCGGCGGCGGCGGCGAGGUGCGCGGCGUGGACACCGUAGCGCGGGCGCAGUUUCGAGCGCUGAUUGAUUGAGUCUCGGCGGGCGAGAAGCUCAGGGUGAGCAGAGUGAUAUUGGUUGCAGUCAGUGUUGCAGUGAGGAAGGGAAGGGAACGUGUGGUUUGGGAGAGCCAAAGGCUCAUGUAGUCAAGACCGCAACCAUUCUACGGCUUGCCCCGGGAAAGCACUUUACCACUCUCGAGAUUGGUGAAGGCCAAAGUCAGACUUCACUCAGCGCCAGGAACUCGAGCGCACACGCACCAGACUUCGAAUUCGAAGACGAGAGAAGGGGACAUCUUCACUCUCCUCUCUCCUCUCUUCACUAGCCGUCGACAACACUCCUGCAAUUCUACCCCCACUACCACUGUCACCACUACCACAACCACUACUACUACCACAACCACCACCACAACCACCACCACUACCCUUACCACCACCACCAAGACACACCCUCGUCUCGACUCACAAGGCAAACCCCCCAUACCAUCCCCAAGCGAUCAGUGCGAACCGACGAACGACGUCGUGAGGGUCUGCUUCAGUGUAGCUAAAGCACAACAACUUCGAAAAUGGCCUUUCUUAUCCUCUGACCACCGCUUGCAGGCAGAGUAGCAACAACCCGCCUUCGAAGACGGCCCCCUCCUAGACACCCGCCUCUGUCUCGAACGAACGAUCGAUCAAUUCUUCCGUGCACACGAUCCACCGUCAAUACCGCAUUUCAUACAGCACGGCUAGCUCAACACCACCACAUACACCAUCGUUCGAUCACUACCCGCCUCGACCCAUAAGAGACAGACCUAGGACAACCACGCCUGUCGACGGUCACAGUAGUAAUUCACACAUACAAGUUGACGGUGCGUGAUGCCAUUUCUGGGAAGCAAUCUCGUCAGCGCGGCGGACUCGAACGGCAGUGCGCCAAUCGCAAAGGAUACUGCCAAACCAGCGGUCGAGAUGAGCAUCUCGCAGGAGAUGAUGCACGUCAUGUCGCAAGAGAUCGAGCAUGCCAUGUCGCAGCCGGACUGCCAUGUGAAGGGUGCUGCCGACCCUAUGGACAUUGACGGACUAGGAUGCACUUCCUCUCAGCCAUCGUCGCCGCCAGACUCUCGCUGUCCAACUCCCCGCCUGACUUUAGACCCAUGUCCAGUGCGACUGUCGCCUCUAUUGCCUGCACCAAAUUACGGCAGCGUGGUUCCUUAUACAAUCUUCCGCAGCGCUUUUCCAAAGGCGCGCAACAUCGAGUUCCUCUCCGAGUUGCGCAUCAAAUCGAUUCUCACGUUGGUCACAAAGACAGAGUCUUGUGAGACUUACGACCAUUUCGUGGCUACUCGCGGCAUUAGACGUACCAUUAUUGAUGUCGAGCCCAACAAGGAGGGAAAGGUGAAGACCAACCUCGGCACUCUCUGCUAUGCGAUUCUGUUCGCGCUCAACCCCCAGAAUCACCCGGUGUAUAUCCACUGCAAUCAGGGCCGCCACCGUACCGGUUGUGUUGUUGCCUGCAUUCGCAAGAUCCAGCAAUGGCCAAUGCACGAAAUCCUGGAGGAGUACAGCACCUAUGCAACCCCCAAGCCACGUGAAGGCGACAUCCAACUGAUCAAGGACUUUGACCCCGAGCAUGUUCAUACUUACGGCCGAGACAACAAUCUGCUCGGGGGUUUUGAGUCUCUGCUCCAGAAGUUCGGACGUGGGCGCAAUGAUUCGUUCAACAGUGUCUACGAGCUGGCCAGUUCUUUGCCUUCGCAUAACACUGCGUCGAUGUACAGCAGCAGCGGGUCGAGCGACAAUGACGACGGUCCGAUCCUGAUGGCGCUUGCGCGCUCUGCCAGCAAGCAGGCGCAGGAAAAUGCGGACGACAUGAACAUCGAUCCUCGUCUCAUGCAGCCACAGAUGGGCAACACUCCCGAUGUGACGGUCGAAGAAGUCGAAGCAGAGGACGAUGUCGACAUUCGCAUGGACACCCAGGAUGACAAUGAUGGCAGUGGUGGCUGGAAGCACAUGGACGGUGUGGUCGUUUCCGAAUCAUCCACAACUUCGCCCAUCCCCAUCGGCAGUCGCUUUUAGAAAUGUGCGUCAGCUGAACCUGCUCGAAUCAGGGAUGGCAGGUCCCCGGGCAAAGUGCGAUGAUGACCAUGGAGAGCUGGAUGAGAAGGGUGUGCAGACGGCCACGUCUACUCGACGAGGCCUGGCAUCGCAUAUCCCUUGAGCGUCUCACUGCUUCCGCAGCAACAUUCAGCUCGAAAAAGGGAACGAUACACUAUCGAGCCUCUGCGCCCAGCCGGUGUGACCGCUGAGCGAUGGCACGAAUGCUCUUUUCUUUGCGUUAACACAACCACCCGUUCAGCGGGCUUGGUUUCUGCUCGUUGUUGUCUUCGCCUUUCGUGGCAUAAGACUCCAACUGGAGCAUUGGAUUUAGCGUAGGCGCUGGUUGGUCUGUAUAUUGAUGAUGAUGGUCAUCGGAUGGGAGGGAGGAAGGAACAAGAACUACCCCAAAGACGAUCGGGAUGGGAGGCAUGCUUUUUUCUCAUUUGUUUCGCUUGCAUUUGCAUUUGCAUUCUUUUGAUCAUACGACAUCGGCAUCCCCCCUUCCACCCCACAAAAAGCAAUGGCGUCUCUCGCUGCGACAGACAGAACAGCAAUGCAGGCAGAUGUAAUCACACGAACAGACGGGCGGGGGGCAAGAAUACAGUGCGGUUUCCCCAUGCGAGAAGAGGAGAGAAGAGGAAAGAAUCAUGGGAAAGGUGGGCGGCUUGGUGUGUACUACAUACUUUUGUUACCAAGUACUUGUACUUUUUGGAACGGCAGGCAGACAGCGGGCAGACAGCAGGCAGGCGGGCAUUACGAUGACAAGCAAC